CACGAUGGUCAAAAAGGGGGUGCAAAACUCUGAACUUGACAUUAGUGGAAUCAUGAAUCAAGCAAUGUAGGGUUCUACUUGAAGUCUGCGUCAAGCAUUUUCCGAGGGUAGAUUCGUCGUUCCAAACGUAUAGGACGUAUGUAGGAAGCUCAAAAUGGAAAUUUUCUCAAAGAAAAAAGCAAGAACGCAACAAUCGUGGAUAUGAACCAGAAGACAAUGUCUUAAGUACAAACACCGCUAGCUCCCUUUCUUCGAUAUUAAAAGGGUCAGGGAAUAACCACCUUGGUUCCCCCUUACCUGCCAGCAGACCGCAAGGGUUUCCAAAUGAGAAGCCUCGAGACAAUGCAGGCGACCAAAAUGGCAUGCAAGAAUAUAGCACCUCACCCACGGAUCAAAAUCAAUUCACAGUCCAAUCGCAAUCUCAACUCACAGCUACCUCAUUCCGAUCAAUAGGAAAGACUCUUGAUAUUGACGAAUGUAUACAAAAGCUAUUGGACGUCGGCUACAGCGACAAGGUAUUGAAGUCGUUUUGUUUAAAGAAUAGCGAAAUAAAUGCGAUAUGUCGUAUGGUCUCCGAAAUCUUUAUGUCUCAGCCGACACUGCUCGAACUUUCACCUCCUGUUAAAGUGGUUGGCGAUGUUCAUGGCCAAUAUUCGGAUUUGAUUAGACUGUUUGAUAUGGGCGGAUUUCCGCCUGAUUCCAAUUAUCUAUUCCUGGGAGACUAUGUAGACCGAGGGAAACAAAGCUUGGAAACCAUUUUACUGCUUUUAUGCUACAAGAUCAAGUAUCCUGAAAAUUUCUUCUUGUUACGAGGAAAUCACGAGUGCGCCAACGUCACUAGAGUUUACGGUUUUUAUGAUGAAUGCAAGAGAAGGUGCAACGUUAAGAUUUGGAAAUCAUUUUGCGACUGUUUUAAUACCAUGCCCAUAGCUGCUUUAAUAGCAGGAAAAAUCUUUUGCGUUCACGGGGGGCUUAGCCCCUCACUGCAUUCUAUGGAUGAUAUAAGAGCAAUUGAACGUCCUACAGAUGUUCCCGAUUACGGUUUACUAAACGACUUGUUAUGGUCGGAUCCUUCAGAGACUGUAGUUGAAUGGGAAGACAGUGAUAGAGGGGUUAGCUACUGCUUUGGAAAGAGCGUCAUCGAUGCGUUCUUAGUGAAGAACGACUUUGAGCUAGUAUGUCGUGCUCAUAUGGUUGUGGAAGAUGGAUACGAGUUUUUCGGUGAUCGGUCGCUUGUUACUGUCUUUUCGGCACCCAACUAUUGCGGCGAGUUUGAUAAUUUUGGUGCCAUCAUGGGUGUCAAUGAAGACUUAUUGUGUUCAUUUGAGCUAUUAACCCCCGCUGAUCAUCCGCUGGCUCGGGAGAGAGCGGCUGCAAAGAAGACUGGCCGAAGACCUAGCCCUCCUAUGCUACAACCGAUGCCUGAGCAAGCCUAAGAUCUUAUUGGCGACCAGUUCAACCUUUUUGCCUUUUUUACCACUUUACACACUAACUACCAUCAUUCUUAUCCACUGUACUUCUAAU